AUGAAGAUCUCUACCAAAUCGAUUGUAAACAAACUGGUAAGGAAAUCAAAGCUUUCCAAGAAUCAUGCAUCAGAAGUAACUCUGGACACCCUUGCAACCUCAAAGCCUGAGGAAGAUGAUUUUGUUGAAGAAAACACCUAUCACGAAUCAUUUUCAAGCAUUGAAACUGGUAUGCAAUACGAUGUCAUUGUUUCUGACGAUGAUGCGAGUGCCCCCAGCAUUCUCUCCGACGACGAGGUCCGUGGCCUCUUCUGCCUCUGGAACGACGCACUGGCGACUCUCAACCCAGACACAGUCGCAUCAAGGUAUUCCAGCAAACCUUGCCUUCUUCCUACUGUCAGUGAUAUCCCAAGGACCGAUUUCCAUUCCAUCAAGGACUACUUUGUUCAUUUCUUGGAAAAGAAGCCGCACGGAACGAUCCUUGAAAGUUUUGUUACAACUGGUCCAGGUUGGUGCAUGGACAAUGGAAUCUAUGAAUUCAGUCUGCAGGCCACUGGUGACACUGUGAAAGCCCGAUACUCCUUUGUCUACACCAAAGAGGGAGAAGAAUGGAAGAUUUCUCAUCAUCACUCCUCGCAGAUGCCCGAAGAAAUUGUGCCCAAGACGUCCCUAUUAAACAAUAUCGUUGAUGGCAUAAGUGCCCCCAUUCCUUCCGAAGACGAGGUCCGUGGCCUUUUCUGCCUCUGGAACGACGCACUGGCGACUCUCAACCCAGACACAGUCGCAUCAAGGUAUUCCAGCAAACCUUGCCUUCUUCCUACUGUCAGUGAUAUCCCAAGGACCGAUUUCCAUUCCAUCAAGGACUACUUUGUUCAUUUCUUGGAAAAGAAGCCGCACGGAACGAUCCUUGAAAGUUUUGUUACAACUGGUCCAGGUUGGUGCAUGGACAAUGGAAUCUAUGAAUUCAGUCUGCAGGCCACUGGUGACACUGUGAAAGCGCGAUACUCCUUUGUCUACACCAAAGAGGGAGACGAAUGGAAGAUUUCUCAUCAUCACUCCUCGCAGAUGCCCGAAGAGAUUGUGCCCAAGACGUCCCUAUUGAACAAUAUCGUUGAUGACUUGAUGCUUGGUUUGGUGUUUGGUGUAUAA